ACACACCGUAAAGCCGGGUCUCCGUCUACCUCUCGCUCUCUCCGUGGAAACUUCCUCAAAGAAAAUAAAAACCCCACUCCGGUGACCUUUUCAGCUAGGAUUUUUUUCCACUCUCAUUUGAAGGUUUCUACGGGUUCGUUCUCGAGAACGAAUCGAAGCCUAGGGUUUCCUUCGAUAUUUCCAAUGGGGAGCGGAGACCGCAGCGGCGGCGGAGCCGGCGGCUGGACGGGACGAAAGUGGGGCUGGGCGGCGGGGGCUCUGAUUGCCGUCCUCCUAGCCACGGCUGUGACGUCGAGAACCUCCCCCAAGAUCACCCUCUUCGGGAUCACCGACAAGCCCUGCGAAUGCUCCGAAUCGAAGAGAUACACGGGAAUAGUGGAGGAUUGUUGUUGUGAUUACGAAACAGUGGAUUCUCUGAACAAUGAAGUGUUGCAUCCGAUACUACAGGAUCUCGUUGCCUCCCCAUUCUUUCGAUACUUUAAGGUUAAACUGUGGUGUGACUGCCCAUUCUGGCCUGAUGACGGGAUGUGCCGUCUUCGGGAUUGCAGUGUCUGUGAGUGUCCAGAAAGUGAGUUUCCAGAGCCAUUUAAGAAGCCCUUUCAAGGGCUUUCUGCUGAUGAUCUGAUCUGUCAGGAGGGAAAACCACAGGCUACCGUUGAUCGUACACUAGAUAGAAAAGUUUUCAGAGGGUGGAUUGAAAUUGACAACCCAUGGACGCAUGAUGAUGAAACUGAUAAUGAUGAGAUGACAUAUGCGAACCUUCAGCUAAACCCUGAGCGCUACACUGGUUAUGCAGGUCCAUCAGCUAGGCGGAUAUGGCAAGCUAUUUACACUGAAAAUUGUCCAAAAUAUCCUUCAGGAGAAUUUUGCCAGGAGAAAAGAGUGUUGUACAAGCUGAUUUCAGGACUGCAUUCCUCAAUUUCAGUUCACAUAGCUUCUGAUUAUCUUCUUGAUGAAGCUAGCAAUUUGUGGGGCCAAAAUCUUGACGUGCUUUAUGAACGUGUUUUGAAGCACCCAGAUCGUGUCAGUAACUUGUACUUCACCUUUCUUUUUGUUCUCCGGGCGGUUACAAAGGCUGCAGAUUAUUUGGAACAAGCUGAAUAUAACACGGGCAACUUAGAAGAAGAUCUGAGAACACAAUCACUGGUGAGGCAGCUAGUUUAUAAUCCCAAGAUACAAGCUGCUUGCCCACUACCAUUUGAUGAAGCCAAACUCUGGCAAGGUGAAAGUGGGCCUGAACUGAAGCAGCAGAUCAAAAAGCAAUUCAGAAAUAUAAGUGCAUUGAUGGAUUGUGUUGGAUGUGAGAAAUGCCGUCUCUGGGGAAAGCUUCAAGUUCUUGGUCUUGGCACUGCACUGAAGAUCCUGUUUUCAGUCAAUGGCCAAAACCUCAUGAGUCAGCCUCUGCAGCUGCAACGAAAUGAAGUUAUAGCUUUGGUGAACCUUUUAAAUAGACUUUCAGAAUCUGUUAAACUUGUUCAUGAAAUGGUGCCUUCUAUUGAGAAAACCAUGGAAAGACAGGUUUCUCCACCCAAACGCAAGAAUAGUUCAUAGCAAAGAAUUUUCUAUGCAGGGAUCGAGAACAUUGUAGAGUCGGAGCUGUGUAAACGGCAUGUAUUUUCAAGGACAACACUGAAGUGGUAUACAGAACAACCAAUAGAGGGUUGUGGAAUUACCGGGGACUUGAAUAGUUCCCCAUUGUACUACAAAUUCUGUGACAGAUUAACAGAUGAAUAUGCAAAAGUUCGUUCGGUGUCUGGUCUUUAGUUCUGAAGAUCACUCAAAUGGCAUGACUGCUGAAUAAUGCAUCCUGCAUCUGUUUGUAUGAGUUGCAAAUUUAUACAUUUCUAUUGUACUUGAAGAGUUGCAAAUUGAUUUAUUAAGGAAUUUUUUUUUUUUUUUUGUAACACCUGUCUAAUAUAUUUCUGAUCCUUCAGACACAGAAUGCUAUUGUGAUAGUGAAUGGAACUGGGUUUUCGGAA